GAGUUAGCCACUUGUCAAAACAUGAUUACAAGCCACAAGAAACAAAGCGAACAGCAAAGUAUCCAACGCCGGCAAAACCGACCUUAUUACUGAGCACGUAUUUUUACGAAUUCCCUCAAUUUUGCAUCUAUCUAACAGUUGUGCCCAGUACAACUGCCAGAUCCAUACUCUCUGUCUCUCUCUCUCUCUCUCUGUCAAUCAGACUCAAGACAGGAAGGAGGAGGCUCCACCAAGAACCAGAAAAAGCGGGAACCCCAAUUCUUUUUCAAGACAACGAAAACGCAACAACUGCCUAUCUCUCUCUCUCGCUAGUAUUUCUAUUUUUGAAACUACGCAAAAGAAAAACCCUUUUUUGUUUUCGUGAAGUUAAAAAAAAACAAAUGGCCACACAACAAAAGCAUCGCCCUCCCAUCAUCAACACCACCACCACCAACUUCCAGAGAGACGAGGAAGACAAGGAGUUUGAUCUCGGAUCUAACCAACCUGAGUCCCCACUCCCCCUCACCGUCACUUCUAGGGUGUUGUAUAUGUUGGGGGACAUUGCAGCGAAUCCGGCGUAUCGGUUCUCCCAAUGGUUGGAACUGGUUCGUAAACGCAGUGGGACAUAUCGCUCCUCCGGCUUUCCCCACCGAUCUCACUCUUCCAAUAAUACUAUGCCCUUCGCCUGGAGUGCAGGAGACUUAAUUUCUGAUUUAAAAAGUUCUCCACCUUCUGAGAAAGCUACAGAAAUCAGUUUGUGGGAAAGACUUGGUAAAGUUGGUAUGAUGGACAUUGAGACAAGUUCCUUUUCGUGGGACAUGCUUUCUUCACUUCACCACACUGAACAUGGUAGUAGCACUGAGCCGUCUGAGGAAGAAAUGAAUAAAGCCUUGGAGGUCACUGUGAAUUCUGGGGGAGUUGUUUUUUUUGCUCUAUUCAACCGACCUGUGCAUGAUGAUACCUUUCCCAAGGAAGUAGCUGCUGUUAUUAAGAUAUCAUCUUCAAGAAUGGCUACACAAUCAGAACGCCUCGGCUAUGAAUUUGCAAAGUGGCUAGGAGUCCGAACUCCACAAGUUGCUAGAGUAGUUCACAAUUCUAGUCCUGAGUGGUUGCAGAUCAAGGAAGCUGCAGAGAAAGCAAGAGAUGCAGCAAUUCCAGAGGGAGAUGAAGCUGGUGAACUGACAUGUUCAGAACUUUUGGAAGCUCUUGAGCUGAGCCGAUGUCUUUUUCUAAUGAAUUAUGUACAUGGAUCUCCUCUAUUAGAAAGUUCUAAUGCAUUUGACUCACAAGAAGCUGCAGAAAAGACAGCAGCAGCUCUAGGCAGGAUCUUGAUGUUGGACCUAGUCAUCAGAAAUGAAGAUAGGCUUCCUUGUCGUCAACUCAGGUGGCGCGGAAAUUGUGCAAAUUUAUUGUUGGCUGAUAAAAUGGCAUCGGAAAAUAUGGAUGCAUUGGAGGAAGCCUUUGAUUCAGCAAUCAAGAGAUACAGACCAAGGGUUAUUCAGAAAGAAAGAAGAUCGAUUUCAGUAGAUAGCAGGUUGACCCCAUCUGACUCAGGAUUGGUAUCACAGAGCUCUGAUCUUUCUGAUAUCACAGAAUCACCAAAAUCUAGCAACAUGAGCCUAAAAAGUCAAGCUUCAAAUGCAUCAACAACAGUGUCUGAUUUUCAUAUUGUGGCCAUUGACUCUGGUGUUCCGCGCCGACCGCCUGCUGGGAAGCGUUCAAAUGACCAUGUGAACUAUCCUAAACUGGUUGAGCUCCUCAUCAACAGUUCUCAAUACUCCUCAAAUCUGCUAUACGAAAUAACUGGAGGGAAAUUAGGAUGUCCACCAGAUGAUGCUGAUGUAAUUACUGAUUUGCGUUCCACUGACAUGACUUCUGUUGUUCAUGAAUUUCGGAGUGGAUUCCGUGCAGCUCUAAGGGACUUGCAGGGAUUUCAUAUAUUCCUACUUACACUUCACCAAAGAUUGGAUUGCCUGUUACGAGUAUUUCUGAAUAUUAUAAAUAGAACAUCCUCAGGGGAAUUUGACAAAGAGGAUUUAGUGCUUCCUGAGACACUAUCACAUGUUGCAGGGAUAGGCAUUCAUUGUCCCUCUCCACCAGCUAAGGAACGGGUUACUAAUGACAACCAUCUUGAUUUAAAUGAUCCCGAAUUGCAGAGGACAGCUCCUAGGUCAUCAUCUUCAGGAUGCAAAGAGAGCUCGGACUGUAGUUCUCCCAUGUCACGAGAUGGUUGGCAUGGAAAGUUCAAUAAAGGGAGCGGGGAAGCACUUCGUAGCUUGCGUAUGACAACAAAGCUUCGUGAUUUCCACAGAUUUGCUAAGGUCGAUGCGGAACUAAACCAAGAAUUGGAACAAUGGAAUGAAACGCUAAGAAAUGAUGCUGUAAAACUAUGCCAGGAGAACAAUUUCAAUACCGGUUUUUUUGAGGGCAGUGAUAAUAAUAGUGUUGUUGAUGCUUAUGAGUUGAAGGUUAGACUUGAGCACAUUCUUGACAGAAUAGCAUUGAUAUCAGAUGCUGCAAACACAGAGAAGCCGUCACCAAUUUCACGUAGCCUUUUUAUUGGUGGGGCCUUGGCUGCGAGAUCUGUUUACACACUACAGCAUGUGGGGAUCACACAUAUAUUGUGCUUAUGCUCUAAUGAAAUUGGACAGUCAGAUUCUCAGUAUUCUGAUUUAUUUGAAUAUAGAAAUUUUUCUAUAUGCGAUGAGGAAGAUACAAACAUCAGCAGUAUAUUCGAAGAAGCGCAUGAUUUUAUUGAUCAUGUUGAACAAGCAGGGGGGAAGGUUCUAGUUCAUUGCUUUGAAGGGAGAAGUAGAAGUGCAACAGUAGUUCUUGCUUACUUAAUGCUCAGAAAGAAGAAAACUCUGUUGGAAGCAUGGAACAUGCUGAAACGUGUGCACCGGCGAGCCCAGCCCAAUGAUGGUUUUGCUAAGAUUCUUUUGGAGCUAGACCAGAAGUUGUAUGGGAAGGUUUCCAUGGAAUGGCAUCAUCGGAAACCAUUGAUAAAAGUUUGUCCCAUCUGUGGAAAGAAUGCCGGGUUAAGCAGUAGCUCACUCAAGCUUCAUUUGCAGAAAGCACACAAGAAGCUAUCAUCAGGAAGCGUGGAUAGUGCCAUGACGAUGGAAAUACAAAAAGCUUUGAGUGCACUCAAGAUGAGUAGAGGUGGAAGUGUCAGCCCUACACAAAGGCAAUCUAAUUCAAUGAUGGAUGAAUAAGACUUGACUGGUAAGCUUCCAUUUAUAAUUUGUCCAGAGUAAAGUACGAGUGUGUGUCAAAAUGCUUCUACGACCUCAAUGGCAUUGAUGAUAUUAACCUCAAACAAGCCUUUCUCAACUCUCCUCCGGUACUGCUCCAAUACAAGAAUCUUCCUCUCUAUAAUGCUCUACUAUCAGUUAACUUUACCAGAAUGCUCUUGCUGCCUUAGAAAAGUGGUGUAAUCAUCAGAAAUUCUUGAGACAACUUGACCUAUACGUGUCAAAAACCCAGGGACCUGCAUUUUCUGCUAUGCCAUUGUUGAUUUAUUCGGGAUGAGGAUCCAAAUGCUUCUCAAGUUAGCAAGGUGGAAGAAAUGUCAGAUAUACCAGAUGCGCUGAUCAUUCGCAUAAAUACCCGUAGAUGAAGAUUGUAUAUUUAUCGUGUAUUGAAGUUCUAUCUUUAUUUUUUUUUCUUUUUAUUCUGUUAAAAAAACAGGUGAUUUUGUUUUUAGUAGUUUUGGUAGCCUGUGUACAUCGUGUAUGAGGUUGCACCCUUUGGCAUGUACUUAUAAGGGCGGAAAAAAAAAAAAGUUUAUUAACAAAUUUGUAUAUCCCAUUUUGCUGUGAUACAAGAUAUUAUGUGCAACAGUGAUACAUACUGUUUCAAA